GAGUUCAUCUCUCGAGGGGUUUACAAAGCCUACACCGAGGGCUAUCUGCGCUACUCGCAGGUGGCGCCGCUCAACAUGUUCGAGGAGGCAAACACCAAAACCAACCUGCCAGCGCAGAUUGACAUGAUGAGCCAGCACGGCAGCUCCUACGACGUUUUCUACAUUGCGAAGGGUGGCGGCAGUGCCAACAAGACUCAGCUGCUGCAGAAGACCAAAGGCGUGCUCAAUGAGAAGGCCUUUAUAGAGUUCGUGACGGAGCAGGUGCAGAACAUCGGUACAGCAGCUUGCCCUCCGUAUCACCUGGCACUGGUUGUCGGUGGACUCUCAGCGGAGCAGAACUUGAAGACGGUGAAGCUUGCCAGCUGCAAGUACCUGGACGGGCUCCCCACCUCUGGCAACAAGCUGGGCCGCGCCUUUCGCGAUUUGGAGUGGGAGGAGAAAGUCAAGAAGUUGGCCCAGGAUCUGGGCAUUGGUGCGCAAUUCGGUGGCAAGUACUUCCUUCAUGACGUCCGCAUCGUCCGGCUGCCACGUCACGGCGCUUCCUGCCCUAUUGGCAUUGGGGUUUCCUGCUCUGCAGACCGCCAGGCCAAGGCGAAGAUUACUGAAGAAGGCGUCUUCUUGGAGCAGUUGGAGACGGAGCCUGCAAAGUACUUGCCAGAUAUCAAGGAGCAGUCGCUGGACAAGGGAGGCGAGAUCGUCAAAGUCGACCUCAACAAACCCAUGGAGGAGAACUUGAAGAUCUUGAGCAACUACCCGGUGGCAACCCGACUUGCCCUGACGGGAACCAUCAUUGUUGCAAGGGACAUUGCGCACGCAAAGAUGCAGGAAAUGUUGGAUUCAGGAAAGGGUCUGCCGGAGUACAUCAAGAAGUACCCGGUGUACUAUGCUGGACCUGCCAAGACUCCGGCUGGGAUGCCUUCUGGAUCCUUUGGGCCAACGACUUCAGGAAGAAUGGACCAGUAUGUGGGCACCUUCCAAGCACAGGGCGGCUCGAUGAUCAUGAUCGGGAAAGGGAACCGCUCCAAAGCGGUGACCAACGCUUGCAAGGAGCAUGGAGGCUUCUACCUUGGCUCCAUUGGUGGCGUCGCUGCAACCCUCAGUUCCAACAGCAUCAAGAAGGUGGAGGUGCUUGACAUGGAGGAGCUGGGUAUGGAGGCAGUUUGGAAGAUAGAGGUGGAGGAUUUCCCGGCCUUCGUCGUUGUGGACAACAAGGGCAACGACUUCUUCAAGAAAUGGUCGAAAGAGGCUGCCAAGGAGCCUGAAACGGACUCGUUCUUCGAUGAGACCAAGGAGUUCUUCUUCGGCCUCGACAAGAACAAGGAUGGCAAGCUCGGGGUGCCCGACCUGAUGCGUGGCUUCAGCAUCGAUGAGCAGAAGGCAAAGCAGCUAGUGGAUCAGUUUGAUGUGGACAAAGAUGGCUGGAUAGACGUCAAGGAGUUCGAGCUCAUGCUUUUCAAGAGCGAGGAGUUGAAACAGCAGAUGCAUGCAUAA